GUGCUGCAGUUUCCGGCAACACAGCAGCUGCUGCUGCUCUUACCACUGCGCUGAUCCUCUGUUAUUGUUGUUCCGUGUGCUUCCUCGCGAUAAUAAUUAACGUGAGUUCACAAUCGUCAUCGGCAUCAUAUUUUUUUGUGGCAGCCCUUUGUUGCGAGUAAUCCACUGCUGGAUGAAGGUCUCCUAGCCCAAUUUGUCCGUGUCAUCAUCGUCGUCAUUGGUGGUGGUGGUGGGGGGUUGCUUCACCAUACUUCACCACGCUGGUGAAUAUAUUACUUGCUGUUUCACCUUCCGCUGUACAGGUGGUGUCAAGGAGGAGAUGCCGUUCCUGGGACAAGACUGGCGUGCUCCUGGUGACAGCUGGUUCAAAACCCGGGCUGGAUGGAAGCGAUAUAGCGAGCCCCAACUAAACGGCGGGAUCGGCAGCAUCGUCAUCUCAGAUCUCGGCGAAGACAACCGCCUGGAUUCUUUGCACGCGAGUGACGGCGUGGACAAGGAGAACGAGCGUCGUGACUGUAUCAACGCGGCCAAGAAGCGGCGGAAGGAGAACGCCAACAACAACGUCCGCACGCAAUACUUCCAUAAGGACAAGUGGAUUUACGUUCACAAAGGGAGCACCAAGGAGCGCCACGGCUACUGCACGCUGGGGGAGGCGUUCAAUCGCCUCGACUUCUCCAGCGCCAUCCAGGACACCCGCAGGUUCCACUACGUUGUGCGGCUGCUGCAGCUGAUCGCGGACACGCAGCUGACGUCGCUGAGCGGGGUGGCUCAGACCAACUACUUCAGCAUCCUGGAGAGAGUUGUCUGCAAAGUGGUGGAUGACCAGCACAGCAUGCGCCCGAUCCGCGAGCUGCUCUCCGGCCUGUGUUCGUCGGUGGCGCGCCUCGUGUGCGGCGUGGGCAAGUCGCCUCUCGUGGGCAACGUGAACACCUGGACCCGCCGCCUCGACACCAUCCUGCUGUGGCAGCGUCUGCUGUGCGGCCUGCAGAUCAGCCGCAGAGGCGACGAGGGGCUGACGCUGAGCGACCUCCCGCCACACACGCAGCUCUCCAUCCUGCAGCGCCUGGACGACGGGCGAGACAUCGUGAGCCUGGGCCGCGUCACCGCCACGCUGCACUCGCUGAGCGAGGACCGCAUGCUCUGGCGCACGCUCUGCCGAUACCACUUCACCGACAAGCAGUUCUGCCGGCAUCUGGUGGUGCGCGAGGGCGGCUCGGCCGACUGGAAGGCGACGUACUUCACCCUGCAGAAGCUGUACCCGCGGCGCGAGCAGUACGCCGACAGCCUUCAGUUCUGCCGCCACUGCAGCAUUCUCUUCUGGAAGGACUAUCCCCUGGCUGUCGUGUGGGAGGACACCGGACACCCGUGUUCUGCCAACGACCCCGAAACCUCCUUCAUCUCCGUGUCGCCGCAGGACUUCAUGAAGCUCUUCCGAUACUAGCGGGCUGCAGGGCACUCCGCGGCACACACGCGCUUGGCCAACCAAGCACGUGUCGCCACACAGUCACAGACGCGCGCACCAACUCGAACUAACAUUUGUACACAUACAGAGACAAAGACACCCACCCCUCCUCCGCCCCACCCGUACAGCGUAGACUGUUGGGCCAAAUGCUGUGAGCGAGCACCUAUGCAGGCCACGUACCCACACCCUUAUGCAUACAUACUUUGGCGAGCUUGCACAAAGACAAAAAUGCCCCCAUACCGCUCUGACAGACUGUUAGGAUCAGUGCUGUGAGCGAGCACCUAUGAAGGGCGACACGGCGCACGAGGGGGUGGGUGGCCAGCACCACGCCCAACCGCCUUGGUCUCCCUAGUGAUGUUUUCACACCGCACCAGGUACUCAUUUGAGGCUGGGUCGACCUAGGGGAGGCCCAGGGCCGGUUCAGAUAAUCGUCACUGGUGUCGACCGUGAGUGGGAAUCGAACUUGGGUCAUCGGGUUUGUAGCGCAGUGUGCUAACCGCUACACCACCGCUCCCCACACCAGUACACACACACACAUACGCGCGUUCGCUAGCAUUGGCAGCACCAACACAUUACAAUUUGGGGGGCUAUGGUGGGAGGCUGGGGGGCAGGGGCGGGCGGCAUAACACGUAUGCUAACUAGUAUUGCACACGUGGUUAUAUGCUUCGCAGUUUCAUAUGACUUUGUACAUUGCCCCUAAAACACGGGGUCUUAUACGGUGUCACUUUGUUUUGAGGACAGAAUCAUUGACAUAUUGCUUGCAAACUCCAACACAGGCGUUCGGAUUCGUGGCCAGUCGGUGGCUUUAAUUUUUUUUCACCGAUUAAGUUCUACAGCACUGGUAGGCUGGCUUGGAGUCGGAACAGUCGGUGUUAGUCACUACCGCUAGAGUUACAGGUUUCCCUCGCUUUGUGCGGUAGCAGAUGCAUUCCAAAAAAAAAUGGGCACAGAAAGCAAAACUGCACGAGGGGAUGGCUUUCCUGCGGCGAUACGUCCGACCGUAUAGUCGCGUAUGCUUAAAUUAAAACCACGUAUAACGAAUUUUGGGUAGAAAUAGGUUGGCCGCAUGUACAGCGCAAAAUCGCACAAACCGAACCCGCAUCGAGCAAGGGAAACCUGUACAUGGUACACUUAGCCAACACAUUCCUUCGGAGUGGGCAGGUAGGAACUUGAUUGGACAGCGCAUUCGUGCGAUACGUGUCACGCGGCGCAAGCUGCGUGGGGCGGCGCGUCACGUGGUGCUUAGCCCGCCCGAAGCGCUCUGAAAUACAAAUCGAGGGCGUGGCUAUGCACGACAGACAGACAGACAGACAAAUAAUCCCUGGUGGGCAGUGUAGAACUGUUGUUCCUACCUGUACAAGUAAUCUCUAUUGUACCCUAUAGUCCUAUAAUCCUAUAAACAGGUUUAGGGUGUAUACUACGGCGCGAUGGACGUGCUCUGCUGAAAGAAUUCCGGGAACGGCAUUCCGGACUGCUGUGGCUGUAAUCGAAACCCCUUUAGCUCGUAAACAUGGACACGUGCACGCACACACACCUCGACAUGCUCAUCCAGUGCUAUUUUUCUAUCAAGUUGAAACUUUCAUUUCUGGAAAUAAGCUCCUUGUGUACGCACCUUGUGAAGAGGCGGCGUUACCUACGCGGGCAGUUAAAGCCCGGCCCCGUGUCUUCAGCGCACGUUCGCAGCAUUUCAUUCGUCACCCAAGAGGUACUUUUGUAUUUUUAGUUUCGACGGUAACGCAGCUCCCGAGCAGUACGACGUGCAAAGGCUGUUCGGGGUCCAUUUUUUGUUUGUUCCAGACACCUGAUCGGAAGGCUUGUUCGCAGCGUGGAUUUACCCACCCCGCGUUGAUGGUUUCUGAUUGGCCGAAACUUUCCUCCGCACCUCGGCGCUCGAACGAAGCUCGGCUGGCCUGGACUAUGGAUUUUCGCCCUAAGGCACUACCACUAGCAUACGAGGUAUGCCUCUCAAUAAUAAGCUAUUGUACCCUAAAUUCGUAUAAUCAUAUCAACGUGAUGAUAAAAAUUAUGAGGAUGUGGCAUGCCAAAAUAAUUUCCGCAGACUGUUCCGGCUGAAAUUAAGCGCCGAUUUUCACGUUCUUCUGUAUCGUAGAGAUGAUGAGAUGCAGAGAAGUGAGCUGAGGAGGGAGUGAAGCCGUGGGAUUUGACGGGAAGAGUUGAAUUCCCUUUCGUUUUCCAACAAAUCCUCGCCGAGUCUCGACAGCUUUUCACGAGGAUCCUCCUGCUUUGGGAUGUUGACCACUUGUGGGCAGUCAAGCUGCCCAUCCUCCUUCCCGACGGUGAGGAGCUAAGGAGAGGCGAGACUGGUGCCCGCGAUCGUGAAACAUGACUUUGCUGGGCUUGGUUAAUGAUUCUAGAUUUGAAGCUUUCGUGACUGCAAGGAUUCAUAUUCUUAGGUUUUUGCGGUAAAGUCACGUAGGUAAAAAAAAAUUAAAUUAAUAAAAGUAAAAUAAAAAUAAAAUAAAAAUCACGACGUUUUAGAGGCAACACAAGCUUCCGUCUUCAGGUGGAACCGUCACAGCACGAUAGCUGUAAACGUCGUGAUUUUUAUUUUAUUUUAAUUUUACUUUUAUUCAUUAAAAAAAAAUUGGUUAAUGAUGAUGAAUACGGGGGGAAAAAAGAGACGCACAAUACAUUUCCAAGGGGAUGUUGCCGUGGUGUAACGUUCAGCACACCCGACACUUGCAAUCCAGAGGUCGCCGGUUUGAUUGCAUUUCGAGGCGCGUCAAUUUUGAAACGGGUGGAGCAAGUUUCUUAAAAUCCCCACCGCCGCCUCAAUCCACACAGUGUGGGCACACGAACGUCUGGCCGGCACGGAAGAGGAGGCCAAAUUUCCCUCGAGGGAGCGAGGCUCUUCCGGAGCCUCCUCAAGUGGAGGCUCGUCUACCAGCAGUGGACAAAAGCAAGCGGUUGCAGUGCUGCACCUUUACUUUCUAGCUCGGUGUGUUCCUAAGUGCAAGGCCCGCGGACCACUUGCGGCCCCUGGUGGCCUUUAGUGCUCCCCCCCCCCCCCCCGACUACACAACAUGUGAACACACCCCUUGCGAGCGGUGUGGGAGCCUCUCAACGCCUGAUGUCUUAUCGGCGAAAGUGGGCCCUCUCCCUCUGAAAAUUAGUGAAGAACGCUGAUCUCCAGAUGUACGUUGGCGAGGUUCAAGGAGGCCAGCUCGCUGAACCCGCAAAAGCGUGCCGACGGGCGUUCGCUGCGCCGACGAUGGGCGUGCUGCCACGGAAGGGGAGCGGGGGGCGGGUAGUCGUGUGUCGUGUCAUCAUCCCAGCGCUCAAGUGGCGGCAGCAGCAAAGCGGGGAUUUUGCUCCGUACGCAUUCCGGCUUGGAGCCAGCGGGCCAAAAAAAUGUGUGGGGCCCUCAGCGCAAAAGAGGGGCCCUAACACGUCAGGACUUUUUGUUUUGGUCGCUAACGAGCGGCGUCGGGCAAUUCGGUGAGCGUCGGGUCCCAGAACUCUGGACACCUUCCGAGCGGCGGUCAGCGGCGGUGGCAGCAGCGUGACAGACGGCCCGGGGCGCGUUAUUUAAGCGACGGUUCUGCCGGAGGGCUACGCAGAAACCCGCACGCAUUUCUAAGCGAGCACGAGGCACCAGGUAUCCGGGUCUAUUCUCAAACCUGUGCAAAGUCUCCUGCAUUGACGGUCAACAAUGCAGCCAUACCCGGUACCAGAUCUCAGUACCAGUCUAUUCGUGCUGCCACACGAACACAAUGCCAAUUCCCGUGCCGUGUCCAGGUCAAAACCUAACAACUGGCAACCCUUUGGUUAUAGUCUGCUGCUGUGUCCUGUGCUUUGUGGUAGCAUUCUGCACAUAACCCCUCCCGUCUCCCCCGUCCUGUGCUUAGGCUGAUCGGAGAGACGCUUUUGUAAGCUUUGGUUAUCUUCUAUUCGAUGUAUGGUAAUGUUAUGGAGCUGUUAAACAUUUAUGUGUAUGUACUGUAUGUAUUACAUUCUGUAUAUGUUAAGCCCAUAUAAUAUAUAUCAUGUCCUUGACC